AUGUGCAGGUCACGCAGUUCCGUGCCGUUUCUCCCACUGGCGCUGUUCCUGCUGUUGUUGGCGAUGCACUGCGCCGGUGGGUGCCUCGCCGCCGCUCCCGCCCUGAGGCACCGCUGCAACUUCGACGAGGUGAUGCGAAAAAGCGGCCCACUGCCGACUGCGGUGGUGCGUGAGCUUCCGCGCAAGGGACAGGGCGCGAUGCAGGCGUACACCGUCGCCUCUGCAGGAAAUGGCAACGAUGCCUGGGCGCCCAUCCGCAUUUUGGUGUCCACGGAGGAUCUGAGGGACUCACGUAAGUACUGCAAUGAAACUGGGGUGUCCCGCACGGACUUCACGC